UGGUCGCAGUACGCGUAUAGCUUUUACGCGUACGAUGCAGAAUCUCUCUGCGCGGCUCUCACACAUAUUCAGUCGUUGCAUCGCUUGCACGCCAACGCCACUCGGCUUCUCGCCUAUCCGCAGGAAUGGAUAGCAGCAGCAAGGGGUUCCAGUACAGCGCCGCUCCAAGAUGACAUUGCCAGACUUCUCAGACGAGCCGAGAGAGAAUAUCGGGCAACUUUACAACCGGUGCCGACAUCGUCGUUAUUUGGGUUGGAAGCUUUGAGUGCUGAGUACGGCAAAGUCUUGAUGUUCAAUCAGACGCAGUACACACGAAUUGUGUAUGUGGAUACCACAGCUUCAACGAUCCUCCGGCCGAUGGAUGAGAUGUUUCACUUUUCUGAUGCUGCAGUGGCAAUGCCGAGGGCAUAUUGGAAGGAUGAUAAUUCACUUUCAGAUCUGAUGAUUCUCGCGAACCCGGACACGUUGACGUUCGAAAGGCUUGUCGUGAGGUUCUUCGGUGAUCAGAGUGAUGUGCAGCAAGAGGUAAAAUUGAGCUUCUUGGCGACGUUGAACAUAUUGUUCGACGAAGCGACGUUUUUGCCGCACCGUAAUUAUCUGCUCCGAGCUUCGGAAUUUAGCAAAAGGGAAGGUGAGCAUAUGGGGUAUCUGGGUUCGUAUGAAGAGGCUUGGGAUGCGGGACAAGUCAUCGAGGAUGCGAGGUUCGUGGUGUUUGAUGAUGCGUUGCAACACAUGCCGGAUUGUGAUGGAAAUAUUGGACAGGCGAGGACAUUGGAUGGGGUAGCGACGUGUGCUGAGCGGGAGAUCUGGAAGUGGCUGGUGAGAGAUAAACAGGAUAGGAGG